AUGCCUCCACCAGGUGUGUGUAUGAAAAUCAUCAAUGCCCGUCACACUAAAGAUGGCUUUGGGACCGUCGCCAACCCUGAGCGGUUUCUCAACCAAGACUACAAUCAGAUUAAAGACUACUGUCGCAGCCAGAACGUGAGGUACAUCGACGAUAUGUUCCCCCCUGAUAGAAGAUCCAUUGGUGCAGGGUUACUAAACGACGAACUCAUGAUCAGAGUGCAGUGGCUGAGACCUGGCCAUAUUACUAAAAAUCCAUGUUUUGUAGUGGAUGGGGUCUCCAGGUUUGACUUUGCUCAGGGCAUUGUUGGGAACUGCUGGUUUCUCUCAUCUAUCGGAGCUCUGACAUUCCAGAAAUACAUCUUUGGGCAAGUUAUUCCUCUUGACCAAAAAUAUGAUGAGGACUACUUGGGUCUGUUCCACUUCAGGUUCUGGAGAUUUGGAAGAUGGGUGGAUGUUGUCAUUGAUGACAAGCUACCAACAAUCAAUGGCCAACUAAUCUUCGUUCACUCCAAAGACCCAACUGAGUUCUGGCCUGCUUUACUGGAGAAAGCUUAUGCAAAAGUGUGUGGUUCCUACGCGGACAUGAAUUCUGGAACUCCUGCUGAGGCUAUGGUGGACUUCACCGGUGGUGUUCACAUGUGUAUAGAUCUGCCAGACCCUCCCCAAAAUCUGUGGGAACUGAUGAGCAGGGCUGGUCAAUCCAGGUCACUGAUGGGCUGUGGUACACCACAGGGGGAGACGUCUGCCAAAACAGUGCUGCCAAAUGGAUUGGUCCAAGGCCAUGCCUACACUGUCACAGGUGUGAAACAGGUGACGAGCCAAGGGCAGCUGGUAAACCUGGUGCGUUUAUGGAACCCCUGGGGCCAAGGAGAGUGGAAAGGAGACUGGAGCGAUAAGUCACCUCUGUGGCAAUCUGUGAGUCCUCAAGAUCGUGACUUGUGCCUUUCAGUGGCUGAUAAUGGAGAGUUUUGGAUGACCCUAGGAGACUUCUGUAACUUCUACUCAGAUCUUGACAUCUGCUGCCUGUGUCCGGACUUCCUUGAUGGAAGCACUUCUUGCCACUGGAAGACCUCCUUCUAUGAGGGAAGAUGGGUUGCAGGAAUGACUGCUGGAGGAUGCAUGAAUUUCCGCGAGAGUUUCUGGACUAAUCCACAGUAUCGGGUCAAGAUUGAGGAACUACCUGGUGAAUGUUCUGCAAAACAGGGUGAGAAAAACAUGCUGGUGUCUCUCAUGCAAAAGCCUGACAAGAGGAACAGACGCCUGGUCCAAAGUCUCCACAUUGGAUUCUCUGUAUUUGAGGUAACGUUAUUACAGUACAAAUCACAGAGGGGGAAGUUCCCAGCUUCUUUCUUCAGUACCACAGCGCCUGUUGCCCAAACUAAAAAGUACAAGAAGGCCCGUGAGGUGAUGGAGUUUAUUACUCUAAAACCUGGCGAAUACCUGAUUGUACCAUCCAGCUUCAAUCCCAAUGAGACAGCUUCCUUCAUCCUGACCAUCCUCUCCAAGUCAGAGACCGAAGUCCACGAGAAUUCUGAUGGCCACAACCAUGACCAUGACCAUGGGGAAGGAGAAGAGCCCGAGGAUACCGGAAAUGGAGAGGAUGACGAAAGCAAGAGAACCUUGUUCCAGGAAUACUGUGACAAGAAUGGAGAAGUGGAUGCUGAGCAGCUCCAAAAGAUUCUCAAUGACAACAUCUUGAAAGGAGACCUGAAAUCUGGAGGCUUCAGCAUUGAUGCCUGUCGCAGCAUGGUUGCCCUGAUGGAUACAUCAAUCACCGGCAAACUUAACAGUGAGGAAUUUGUUGGUCUGUGGAGAAGGGUUGUUAAAGCCAAGGACAUUUUCUUCCGCAGUGAUGUUUCACAAACAGGAACACUGUCACUGAGUGAGCUGAGGAAUGCAAUCAGGGCCAGAGGAAAGAGGAUCAGCGAUGACAUACUGAAUCUGAUUGCCCUUCGCUAUGGUACCUCAUCUGGACACAUAACACUGGAGAGCUUCAUCAGUCUUAAUGUUCGCUUCAGCUGCAUGAACCGAAUGUUCAAGGAGCUGUCUGAUGGAAUGAACAUCACUCUUCGUGAAAAUGAGUGGAUGAGCCUUUGGAUGUACACUUAAACCUGACAGAGAAGAUGACCUGCAGGAUUUGUUUGGAAUUACAGCAGCAAGUGAUGUAAAAAAAACAACAAAAAAAAACAUAAAAAAUCUGUUUUCUGCAAAUGAGCUAUUACAUUGUAUGAAACAGGGCAUUUACUUUUAAGUUUGCUAAUGUUAGGGGUGUAACAAAACUGUGUCGUCCCCUUUCCACAUGUUGUCUUGCCUAUGUCUCUCUUAUCCACUCCAAAGUAGAGUAAAGCCCCUUCCAUAGUGCCGUUUCAGACAAUGAACACAAAAUAGUUACAUGUAAAGUUACACCCCUAAUAAAUGUAAUGAGAAAUACAGCAAUGUGAAGAUAUUAACUAUUUGCGGGCAUUUUCUCUUUUACUGUAAGGUGGGAUUAGUUGGGUUUCUUUUGUUUUGGGUUUCUUUUGCCAUGCUAGUGUGUGUCGGUUAACCAUUUAAUAGAGUAUUGCAGGGAUGAAGUC